AUGUUUCGUAUUUCCCGGUGGCGGCUGGACAAGGUCCCCUUCGCCACCCUCUUCGGCUACAAUUCCAUCCUUCAGAGCGUCUUUUCCGCCCCCGUGAAGGAGGAGGCGAUCGUAGUGGAGCUUCCAGGAGGGCGUACGGAGCGCUAUACAUAUGGGCAGCUGCAGAAGGACGUGCUCUCCAUGUCGAACGUCAUCACCGAGAGGCGAGAGGCGAUGACGGUGGCUCGUGGGAAGCCUUCGUUAAGUUGGCUGCAGCAGCCACGACCGAGCAACGUGCGAAGCGUCUUUGCGGAUGGCGAUGGCGGGGUGCUGAGCUGCGAUUUCAUGAAAGACGACGGGCAGCACAACGUGGCCAUUAUUGGCACCACUGGCUACACCUUUGUGGUCUCCCUCCUGGCGGCCUGGUCACUGAACCAAAUGGCUGUCCCGAUCCCUGCUUCCCAGAACUGCACAGCGGAGCUUUUAUAUAUUUUGGAACACAGCAAGAGCAGAGCAGUGAUGGGCGACACAGUCCCGUUGAAGGAAAAUUUACCACGACAAUACGACGCACUCCUGGUGCGCAGCUUCAGUAGUCUUCACAAUCCCAUGGCGGCUGCAUUCUCCACAACCUCCUCCUCUGCACCGAGUACGUACGAUGUAGAAACUUUGUUUGAUGUGCAGAAACUGCUUGAGAAAAUUCAAGAAAAACGCGAGAUUUCCGAGGCUGCGACAACAGUAAUUCUGCCCGAUCAUUUGCUCUCUGAGGAGGAGCGUCACCAUCUCAAGGAUGCGCACGACAUUAUGAGCCAAAUCUCAGACGAGAAGGCAGUCUCUGAGGAGUGCCGUGAGGCAUUGCGUCAGUACAUGAUACGGGAGCACUUCAAGGCGCACUGUGCCGUUACCGACGCCGAAGAUGGAACUGGCCUCUUCUACGAUACUGACCACCUUGAUUCCCUUAACGUCGUUCAUCGUCUUUGGGCAGAGGAGUACGCCACCCGACCAAGCAAACACGAUGAUUGUGUGAUGAUUUACACCUCAGGCACUACGGCGAGACCCAAGGGUGCUGUUCAUACCCAUGCAAGUCUCCAAAACAUGGUGCGGGUACUGCGUAAAGCAUGGGAAUGGUCCUCCAAGGACACAAUUCUCCACACGCUACCCGUUUACCACAUACAUGGACUUGUAAAUAUUCUGCUGUGUUCUUUGGCCUCCAAUGCGCGUUGUAUUUUGACGAAGUUCGAUGAUCCACUUCGUAUUGUUCGUAGGCUUGAGCGCGGAGAUAUUACGCUUAUGAUGGGGGUACCUACCAUGUACACCAAGUUGAUUGCCGCCGUCAAUCAAAAGAUGUCGCCAAUUGAGCAGGCGGGGUUCAAAAACGCCGUCUCGCAGAAUGUGCGUCUCAUGGUGUCUGGUAGUGCACCACUCCCAGUACCUAUAAUCCAUGCAUUUCGUGAGAUCAGUGGGCACACCCUGCUAGAGCGUUAUGGUAUGACUGAGAUUGGGAUGGCGCUGAGCCAUCCGCUUCGGCCCAUGGAGAAGCGUAUCCCUGGCACUGUCGGCUCACCGCUGCCGACGGUGCGGGCAUUUGUACAUAGCGCGUCAGCCGCCACUGGAGAGGAAAGUGGAACUGCAGGUGGAGAAAGAGUCCAGGGAAAUUAUGAUGAGAUUGGCCAACUCGCCAUCGCCUCCAAGUCCUUGUUUGAUCGCUACUGGAGAAACCCUGAGGAGACCAAAAAGGUACUCGUUGUGAGCCAAGAGGGUCGUCGCUACUUUGAAACCGGUGACACCGUCGGUGUAAGCAAGCCGCGAAACGAAGAAGAGGGUGCCAUCUUCACCAUUCUUGGUCGCUCCAGCAUGGAUAUCUUAAAGUGUCGUGGUUUUAAACUUUCUGCGUUGGAAAUUGAGGCUGCAUUGCUCUCCCGUCAAGACAUUUUCUUUGAGAUUGCCGUCGUGGGCUGCAAGGACGACAUGUUGGGGGAGGAGGUGGUGGCGAUUAUCACGCCCCAGCCAGCCGCGCUGCAGAAGUGGAACAUUCCACCUGAUUUUGACCGCUUUGAGUCGCCCGAACUUAAUGCAGAGCUUAAGGCUGUGGCACGUAGUUUUCUUUCGUACUACAAGUGUCCGAGCCGCUUCAUACUUCUGCCCGAGAUCCCGCGGAACCCCACAGGAAAGGUGAACAAGAAGAACCUCAAGGAGAAACUUUCGCUGGCGUAG